AUGGCCCGAUCUCUGUGCUCCAGAUGGAGGCAGAAGAUCGUCUGCCGGACGCUUUGGGCCGUCCUCGCUGCCUGGGGGUCUUCCCUUUGGCUGCCGGCGAGCACGCCGCCCAUUUUUAGGCGACCGUGGCUCGGCUGCCUGGCCGCUUCGCUGCCCGCAGAGGCCCAGGCCCAGGUGAACGUUGGACUACGGAGCCUCGCCCGCCGAUCCCGGCCCAGGCCCGAGACCGGCGUUCGCAUGAGCGACCUGGGAGUCAUGGAAGGUGCGCAGGAUGCAGACGGUGCCCACUUGGUCGCAGCAGAGGUCCUCUCCUCUUCCGAGACGCGUGUGACUGUGAGUUUCCGCACACCUUGGCCGGUGACCUCAGAUCGCACGUCCUCGUCGAAAGGGCUUGAAGUGAGAAGCAAGAGUGGGGGUGCUUAUGCCUUCUUGCAGGUGAUCCCUGGUGUGAACGGAACUGCGACGACGGAGCAGAUCCUGGAUGCUGUGCUCAGCAGCAAAGGCAAGUUCGGCGCCUACGGUGAGCCCGCGGACGUGCGGGUGAUUCAAGACAAGGAGCUGGCCGGCGGGGACAGGCAGCUGGUUCUUCUCUUUACAUCCUAUUCCCCGCAAUCCGCCGAAUUCCAGAACCGUGCGAUCGUCAGAUCGACCACGGUGGACGGCGAUGCCUUCGUGCUGGUGGGCGCAGCAUUCGACGAGAGGUGGCAGAAGGAGCCGCAGGUAUUGAGCACGGUCUAUGCGCAAGAGGCGAAGUCUCUGGUGACGCUGACGGCCUGGCAGCUGCAGUCCUGGGACCUCGAGUCGAAGCUCCCGCGCUGCGGCCUGCGCGGCGAGGGAUGCUGGCAGGCCUUGACCUAUGCGCGCCACCUGCGGAGUGUAGCGGCCGGCGCAAGGGAUGGCACAGUAACUGUGUGGGAUGUGACCAGUGGUGCGGCAACGAGGGAGCUAAGCUGUGGAAGCGCCGUUGCUUGCAUUGACUAUGCUGAAGCCAUCAAGGCUGUCGUUACCGGGGAGGAGAACGGCACGAUCAUACUGUGGGAUCUGACGCGAGGGCUUCAGCUUGCCGUGCUCUGGUGCAAAGCCACGGUACACUCGAUUGCAUAUUGGUUUAUAGCUCCUUACAUCCGCGACAUCCCGCACCUCAACAACGGAGAGAUCUUGCCGAAGCUCAUCCCGGCGAGUGAGAAUGGGACCAUGGGCAGAGCCGUGGUCACUGGAGAUUCGGCCUUCAAGGUCACGGUGUGGGACAUCGAGACGUCGAAUGCUCGGAAAACCAUCGACUGCUCCAGCAACGUGCUGGCCAUUGCGGUGUCGCCGUUCCUGGGAUUGGUCGCCGCCGGUGAGGCGAAUGGAAGAGUCACGUUGUGGGACGUCGAGAUCGAGUGUGCUCUCCACCGCUACGAGGGCGGGGCGGUUUCUGCUCUGGCCUUCGUUUCCCUUAGCUUGGAGGAGCAGAGCUUGGUCUCAGCGGAGUGCUACAGAGUAGUCUCCUGGGACAUGGACACGGGCCAGUUCCAGUCCCGGAACCUGAAGCUUCCGACCUCCUGCAUCGCGGCGCGGUGCAUGUGCUUCAUGCCGCCUUCAGCUGGGGAGGACGCCUCGGAGGCCGUCGUUCUUGUUGGUGACAGCUCUGGCCGGCUUGCUGCGUGGCCGUGGCAGCGCCUGCAGCCGCUGAGAGGCCACGACGAGAAACGCUGUGGCGAUGGCUUCCGCGUGAGGACUGCGCAGCGCCCACGAUGA